AGGGGUGCCACAAGCACGGGGGAUUUCCCUGUCACUGUGAAGAGACCCAGUUCUUCCCCUGCGUCGGACAUCCCCAUUCUAAGGGCAGGUCAAGGCAGGCCACAAGAGCUCAAGUGAGGAGGCUGCAGCUUCCUGCUGUCUUCUGGCCGUCGCCAUCAGAGGAUGCAGCGCCCGCUAGCAAGGAUGGUGGAGGAAGGUCGCCCUUGCCCCUGGGUGCUGUUCCGCCCGAGCUGGAACACCUACCUGCGCUUCGGCCUCCUGAUGGUGUUGAUUCUUUUCAUCUCCUGUUUGAUCUACUGUGUCCUCUUCCGGAGGCAGCAGCAGAAGACGCAGCUGGAGCCACUUGAGGCGCAUGUAGCUGAGUUACAGCUGAAUCUCACAGUUCCUCGGAAGGACCUUACGCUGCACUGGGAGGCCGGUCCAACCUUGGGAAGAUCCUUCACUCAUGGACCAGGGCUGGAGAAGGGACGGCUAUAUAUCCGUCGUGAUGGCAUCUACAGGCUGCAUAUCCAAGUGACACUGGCCAACUGCUCUGCGGCAUGCAGCACCGUGCAGCCCAGGGCCACCGUGACUGUGAGCAUCUGCUCCCCCACCGCCCACAGCAUCAGCCUGCUGCGCCUGCACUUUGGACAGAGCUGCACCGUGGCAUCCCAGCGCCUGACUCGCCUGGCCCUCGGGGACAUCCUCUGCACCAACCUCACCCUGCCUCUGCUGCCCUCCCGCAACGCUGACGAGACUUUCUUCGGCGUUCACUGGGUAUACCCCUGACCACAACUCCUGCAUGGAUUGUGGAGCUUUUAAAUUGUUCUCUUAUUUUGUGAAUAGUAAUUUUUAUUCAUUGCAAAUUCUACAUAUUUAUAAAUGUAUAGUACACAUA